AUGAUCGGGGACAAGACCGAAAAAGAUGCAUCAUUCAAAACGGCAAACUCUUCUUUCACAGGAGGAGACCUUGUAACCGAUAGCCCUCCUUCUUAUUCCGAGGGAACCUCAACCAAAGGCGACGGCCUUAUCCCCGCCGGGACUCUCCUCCUCGCCGGAACAACCAUCUAUACCACGGAAUCAGCUUCAUCACCACCAUUGUACGAGCUCACCUAUCCCAUCGGACACCUACGGGAAUCCAACACGUCAGUUUCGUUCUACCGCUAUGAGAUGAACGUCCGGGACUCUUCCUCCGGCACGUCCGGUCCGCAGGUAUCAUCUCGAAAGAAGCACAUCUUCGACCUGAAGCGGGACCCAACAGUCACCGAUCCACCGUUUCCCUACCAUUUGCAUUCGUUCUCGCGCGGGAAUGUGGGCCACGUGGGCAUAAAGACACAUCGGCGACUGGGCUCGUCGGGAUAUCGCGCCUGGCGGGCGACAAGACCGAGAGAAGGGGCCGAUCUCGAAGCCAAGGAGAUGCUCUUCGUCAUCAAGACACGGAGCAGUGGACGGCAUGAAUGGCGCGAUGGGAAUGACAAGACGGUCCUUGCGCAUGAGACGAGCGAAGAGGGAAUUCACAAGCUGCAGAUUGUUGUGCCGCUGAGCCGGGAUUUCAGAGAUGGACUUGUCGCAACGUGGUGUUUGCGGCUUUGGUGGGAGGUGGCCGUGUCCAAGGCCGAGCCCCUGAGCUGGGGCGAAGUCAAGCGCGUGCUGCAAUAUCAUACUAAGGAAUUCCCUAUCGGCACGGGCUUCGGUAUUGUUAUUUGA